AUGACGGAUACUUUUUGGAUGCUCUUUCUCCUGUCCUUAUUCACAGGGACAGUGUUUGGCCGCACGUUACCUCAGAGUCUUGAGAAACCCAACAAGAAACUCUCCUGGUCUUGUUCUGAAUCUCCUGCUGGAACACAUAAACCUUCCUCAGUGCACUCACUGAGGCCUGCGGACAUUAAAGUCUUCUCUGUUGUUGGACUCCCCCAUACACCAAACAGUGUAAUGCCUUCAGUCAUAAGCAGCCUUCAGGAUGUGAUGUCCAUGUUCAGUCCUGAGUUUACCAGUGUGUUACCUGAUGAUGUUCCCAGUGGUUUGGUGAAUCAGGCUAAACAAGCAGUUUCCCUUUUGAACACCCAACAGCCCUACUUAGCAGAGUCUGACUGGAAGCUGGUGAUUAUCUUUGUGACAGCUGAUAGACGGUGUAUGUGUGAUGAGCAGGUCACCAUUGUGGCACAGGAAGUGGAUGCUGCUAUACGAGUGCUACAAUCUCAGCUGAAAAAGGCCAUAGUCAGUGUUGUGCUCCAGGAUGCAGAACCUUAUAACCGACACAGCCGAAUGUGUUCUUGUUUGUCAUUAGACUCAGAUGAAGAGCUGCGGUUGACAGGUGCAAUUUAUUUACAUGCCCUUUUGGAAUAUUUAAAAGAAACACUCAGAGAGAAAGACUGGUACAGCAGAGAUGAUUUCACUGUGCAGCUUCAGGAUGUUCCUCUGUUUUUAGAUCCCAUUUCCAACACUUAUAAAUGGACAUCAGAUGAGAAUCUGAAUGACAAUCAAGUGCACACACUUUUGCUGCAGCUCUGGGAAAACCUUCUCCAGCCGAACACUAUGCGAGAAAAGCUGAAGAACGGUGACGUGCCUACAGUUCGAUGCCCAAAUGUGUAUCAACCUUUUCUCAGAACAGAGAAGAAUUCUCCAUCCAAAAUGAAUCCAGCCUCCAGAGGAGCUGAUCCAGCUACUGAUACUGUAACAGGCACUGAGAUGCAUUGUGAUGAUAUGAGUCCCUCCAACACAAUCCCCACCUCAGUGCAUGCAGUGAGGCCUGCUGAUAUCCGAGUUGUAGGAGCAGUUGGUGAUUCUCUAACGGCAGGGAAUGGUGUUGCAUCUACAAACCUGGUAGCUGUGCUGACUCAGUACAGAGGAUUAUCAUGGAGUAUUGGAGGAGACAACAACCUGUCUACAGUCACUACACUUCCAAACAUCAUGCGUGAAUUUAAUCCGGAGCUUACAGGAUUUUCAGUUGGAACAGGGAAACAGAACACCAAACAAGCUUUCCUCAACCAGGCUGUGGCAGGAGCCAAGAGCUCGGACAUCCUGGGGCAAGCUAAGGCGCUGGUCAAGAGAAUGAAGACUGAUGAUCGUAUCAGUUUCUAUUCAGACUGGAAAGUGAUCACCAUGUUCAUCGGCGGCAAUGAUUUUUGUGACUCCUGCAUCAAACCACUGUAUUAUUCUCCGGAAAACUUUAUGAAGCGCAUACAGGAUGCACUGGACUACCUCCACUCUGAGGUUCCUCGUGCUAUCGUUAAUCUGGUGGAGCCUCUUCACAUCGUCCCACUGAGAGCCAUGCACCAGGACGCCACUUUGGGCUGCCCCACAUGGCUUGUACGCAUCCUCUGUUCCUGUGUCGUUUCACCAGAAGAUGGAUCAGAAGCUUUGCAGAACCUGGAAGAUCUAAACAGAGCUUAUCAGAGUGUGCUGAAAGAUUUGGUGGAGUCUGGACGUUAUGACACACAUUCUAACUUCACAGUGGUGCUGCAGCCAUUAUUAAGGGAUAUAGUAGUGCCAAUGCUGGAUGGACGUCCUGAUAGUUCGUUUUUCUCUCCUGACUGUUUCCAUCUCAGUCAAAAGGCUCACACUCUCAUGGCUCGUGCUCUGUGGAACAACAUGAUGGAGGAGCUGGGGAAUAAAACACACAGACAAGACUUCUCUCUAGGUCUCCAAGCUAAAUGUCCAUCACAGAUCUCACCCUUUCUUCAGACCUUUGAGAACAGCAAUUACACGUAUAAAGGUCCACUGCCACCCCCACCUCCAAUUUCAAACUGGGGCAGUGAUUUCUCCUGCACAGACACCAAGCCAUCAGUCAGCAUCCCCACCUCAGUCCACUGCCUACGGCCUGCGGAUAUCAAGGUGAUUGCUGCACUCGGAGACUCUGUUACUGUUGCACUUGGCACAAAAUCAAAGAACUACACUCAGUUUCAUACAGAAUACAAAGGAGUGUCAUGGAGUAUUGGGGGUGACCACUCAUUGGAUACGACUACAACACUGCCAAACAUCCUGAGACAAUUUAACCCAUCUCUACGGGGUUUCUCUACCGGGGAUGGCGUGUCAGCACAGGACAGCUUCAACAUGGCUGUGUCUGGUGCCACAGCCUCUGAUCUUGUAGAUCAGGUCAACAGACUUAUUCAAGCCUUAAAAUCCAGUGAGAAUGUAGAUUUUGACAUGGACUGGAAGCUGAUUACUGUGCUUAUUGGAGUCAAUGAUUUAUGCAAGUAUUGUAUGGACCAGAACAACUUCUCACCUCAGAACUACAGCCUUCACCUCAUGAAGUCUCUGGAUCUGCUGUAUAAAGAGGUGCCUCGUGUUCUAGUGAAUGUUCUCACAGUUCCAGAAAUCGAGGCCUUGAGGAUGGUCAAGAAGAGUUCAUUAGGCUGCAGCUUUUUCCCCAGAGAUGUUUGUCCAUGCCUCAUGACUCCAGCUGACAACUCAUCAGAGCUGAUAGAGCUAAAGCUCAUUAAUCAAGAAUAUCAGACUCAGCUGGACCAGCUAAUAUCUGGGGAACGUUACGAUGGCCGUAAAGAUUUCACUGUUGUCCUUCAGCCUUAUCUUCAAAACACAACCAUUCCUUUAGAUAAAGAUGGAAAUCCUGAUCUCAGCUACUUUACAUUAGACUGCUUCCAUUUCAGUGAGCGGGCACAAGCUGAGAUGGCCAUUUCUCUUUGGAAUAACAUGUUGGAGCCAGUGGGAAAUAAACAGACCUUCAACAACUUUACAUACGACCGCACAAAACUUAGUUGUCCAUCAGAGACUGUCAGACCAUUCAUCUAUACCAAGAUGAACAGCCACCCUGAUUACUUCACAACUCCAGAACCAACAUCUACAAGCAACUCCCAGCCCCAACUCCUAGCUCCCUGCCCCAACGGUGUACCUCUGUGGGUGCCAGCCAUAUUUGGGGUCAUCGUUUUACUCCUUGGCUAGGGGGUCACGUGGCUAUUUAUGCGUCGGUGGAUUGAGAAGCUGAAGAGGGAAUACAAAGUGAAUGAAAAAGAAGCAGCAUUGAAGGGAUCUAGCCUGUAGUACGGAGCUACAAUUACUGUGCCACUGACUUUGAAAAACAUGUAUAUGCUUUUUUGACUGCCAUACAUAAAUCAAACUGGGUGUGUAGGGUUAUGACAUGGCUUUUAUAUAUUAGUGUCAAUCUACAGACGCAUAUGCACAAAACUGUGCUUCUUUUGUAAGGGUUGAAGGUAAUAGACAUUUGGAGGGUACUGAACAAUAAUAUGUAGCCUAGCUACUGUAAGCUGACGUUAGCUAGUCAUGUUUUAAGAGGACCAACACCUACUUGCCAUUGAAUAAUUAUCUUAUUCGAAUUGCACAGUUGCAGUUUCCUAUUAUAUAAAAUGUUGCUUUAUUCAUCACAUAUAAGUAACAGUACAGUAAAAUUGUUUUCUUAAAAAAAAAAAAGUAAGCUGGUCAUCCAAACAGGGUCAGCGAUGAUUCAGCAGCCCUAGAGCAGAUUGUGUUAAGAAACUGUUGAAAAAAUGGCAGCUUGCUGAAGUUUGAAAACCUGAUCUUGUGCUCAGCAAACCAGAGCCUUAUGCACUGAGCAGGUAUUACAAAACAAUGCUUCACACUUUCAUACUCAGUACAGCUUGAGAAUCCAUCCAUCCAUCCAUUGUCUAUACCCACUUUCAUUCCUAAUUAGGGUCACGGGGAUCUCACACACUGGGCGAAAGGCAGGGGGUACACCCUGGACAGGUUGCCAGUCCAUGGCAGGGCCCAGCUUGAGAAUAUUACGGAUAAAUAUGAUUAUAACUAUGAAUAUACAAUGUCCCAAAAGACUCCAUACAUUAACACUUUUUUAGCUAAAUCUAACUAAAUGUAAACAUAAAGUCAUCUCUCCAACUUAUGAUAAGGACGGGUUAACUGGUGUUAUGCAUGUAAUUGCUUGUCCAUUACAACCUUCUACAUAUAAACUAUAAACAAAAAGACAUUGUUCUCCUAUUUACGGAGACUUCCGAUACACUCCCCAAAGGCCUUGCAACUUUAUGUAACUUGUGAGAAACAUACUAUACUGUAAUUCUCUAGAUCAUUCUACUGUACUUUUUUUGUUUGGCUUAUAAAAUAUGAUAAUGUUUGUAUAAGUCUGUAA